GCCGCCUGCUGCGCCGCCGGUGCUGCCCCCCUCCCCCCCCCGUCUUGGAGGGGGAGGCCGCUGACGUCAAGGUCUAGCGCGGGCCUGCCUGGCCCGUCAUUAAAGGCUGGGCUGAGCGGGGGGCAUGGCAGGAGCCGCGGCACGGCAAGCUCAAGGAGCAGGCGGUGCCAACGCCAGCCCGGCUGUAGAGGGGAGCAGCCGCCGCAGGAGCGGGGACGCCCCAUCCCGCUGAAGUUAGUGCCUGAGGCAGCCCGGGCUGGGGCUGCCGCGGGGGGGCCGGAUGCCGCCCGGGGAGCUGGAGCAAGGGCGGCGCAGCGGCUCUCCGGCCCAGCGCGGGGCCGCGGGCCGGCGCUCGUGCCGGGUGCCCAAGUGCGCGCGCUGCAGGAACCACGGCGUGGUGUCCGGCCUGAAGGGCCACAAGCGGCUGUGCCGGUGGCGGGACUGCGCGUGCGCCGCCUGCCGCCUGGUGCUGGAGCGGCAGCGCGUGACGGCCGCGCAGGUGGCUCUGCGGCGGCAGCAGCGCGCCGGGCAGGUUAAGAAAGAUGAAGAUGAACAUUCUCUGCUAUCAACCAGUUGCAGAUUAAACUAUCAGCAGUAUCCCAAGAAUACCAACACCUGGACCAAAAGCAUACCGGCAGGGUAUAAACCUCCUUCACAGGAAAGCCAAGUCCUCUUUUCUAACUUGAGUGAGAGAAUGAGAAAACGAAGAACAUUUGCAGAUAAAGAGCUGGAAUGCAUAAUGCUGGAGAGAGAACUUAGGCAGAGAGAACUAAAGGAAUUAGCUGUAGCUCAAAGUCUACAAAGACCAAAUGAAGACUUUUUACCAGGCACAGAAACAAACCCAUUUAGGAUUGGACACAGCCAGCUUUGUGACUCAACAUAUUUUAACCACAAUUUGAUAAAUGUUUGGUUUCCUUUGAUACAUUCAAGCACUAUGCUUUUUCAGACUAGAGAUUUUUUCCUGCCAAAUGUAACUACUUUUACAUCAGGUCAAAUCGAAAGUAACCUUUUACAGAAAUAUACCUUUACUAAGAAUGCAGAGAAAUAUGCACAAGUGUGUAAGGAGCUGGCUCAGGCCAAUAUUUUAUCCAAAGAACUUGGAUCCUUUCAGAGCAAUUUGAGAUUGAAGGCAACAAAAACACAAGCAAGUUUUGAAAAAGGUAAAGAACAUUUUGUGUCCAACCAGAAGCAGGGCAUUGGCUCAGAAGGUUUUAUCUUACAAAAUGAUCCUUCCAUACCAGAAAAACAGCAUGUGAGCCAACAUGUGAAAAAUAAGUGUUCUGUGGCAAAGGAGAACCUCGGACACUUAGCUAGAAUAUCCCAAGAAUGUUGUUCAGAAAUGAAAAUUAAAAAUCAGAGCUUGUCAUUUUCAGUGGAAUCCUUGUUAAAAGUCUAAACAAGUAUUCAGAGCCCAGUUCUACUUUUUUUGAAUUCAAUGACAAAAUCUUACUGACUCAGUGUAUCAACUGUGUGCCUGAUUCUCUAACCCUUUCUCACAUGAGUAGGCCCAUUGACUUGAGUCUGAUCAUCAUGCUCCCAAUGAAGUCAAUGCAAAACAUCCAAUCUUUAGUUGGAGUCCAAAUGGGACUACUAGUGAGAAUAGCAAGGUCAGGCUCAAUGUUGAAGAUACUGUGUUUUUUCUUUACUCACAGUCAGCACUCUGAAUCUAUGUAAUAUUAUUUUAAGAAAAAAGAAAAGGAGUACUUGUGGCACCUUAGAGACUAAAAGUACUCCUUUUCUUUUUGCGAAUACAGACUAACACGGCUGCUACUCUGAAA